AUGAUUCGACGGCCCCCGGGUCAAGGACGAUGGUCCGCUCAGCAGCAGAAGCUCCUCCUGGCUUUUGCCUUUAUCCUCUUACCAUGGCUCCAACUUGCCGAUGCUCAGCAGCAGCCUCUGCAGCCACAAAUCCGAAUUCACUCACAGAGAGGAGACGUUCCUCUUGACAAACUAUCCGAAGACACCAACAACCGUUGGUACUCAGCCCAGGCCGCACAAGACGUACACGCCGAAGCGAGGUUCGACACCAUCAACCGAAAGCAAAAGCAACAACAACAGCAGCAGUCCACUCCUUUGCCGCCGCAGCAGCAGAAAUAUCGACGGGCCCCAUACGACUACUCCAACAAGGCCCAGAACCGAAAUCAAUCCCCAAGCAGAGAAUCUGACAAAUCAAACUACAUAAAAGUCCCUAGCGAUGCGAGCGCCCUCGCAACUUUAGCUCCGGCUCAGUCCGUUCGAGCACCACACACCUCACGACAACACUGGCCCAGCGCUUCUGGGUUGGCAUCGCCGCAAAAUGCGCGGAGUCUGGAGGACUGGGAAGUUGAAGACUUUGUUCUUCUGGCGACCGUCGAUGGAGACCUCUAUGCCAGCGACCGAAAAACCGGUCGGCUACGCUGGCACCUCGAGGUCGACCAGCCAGUGGUAGAAACAAAACACUACCGAACAAACAACUCCGUCCUCGACGACGACUACAACCCCGUUGACCAUUACAUCUGGGCCGUCGAGCCAAGCCGCGAUGGGGGGCUUUAUAUAUGGAUUCCAGAUUCCGGCGGCCUCGUUAGAACCGAGUUCACCAUGAAGCGACUCGUGGAAGAUCUGGCUCCGUACGCGGGCGAGGAGCCGCCCGUCGUAUAUACCGGAGACAAGAAGACGACCAUGGUAACGCUUGACGCGGCUACUGGACACGUCCUCAAAUGGUUUGGCUCCGGCGGCUCCCAAGUUAACGAAGGCGACAGCUGCCUGCGGCCCAAUGCCUUUGACGAAAAGUGUAGCUCCAUGGGCACAAUUACCCUGGGGAGAACCGAGUACACGGUGGGGAUCCAGAGGCGAGAUGGUCGACCCAUUGCAACCUUGAAGUACUCAGAAUGGGGGCCGAACACUUUUGACAGCGACCUCUACCACCAGUACCAUACCUCAAUGGAUGGCCAAUACAUCACCAGUCAGCACGACGGCAGAGUUUACGCAUUCGAUUCUUCCCGGACAGAUAACGACAUGCCUCUCUUUAGCAACAAGUUUUCGUCUCCCGUGGCUCGCGUUUUCGAUGUUUGCCGCUCUUGGGAAGUGACGGUAGAGAGCAACCCGGAACUCGUUGCUCUUCCUCAACCUCCCAUGCCAACGCGCGAUGAGACCAUUGCCAAGAUGCGAAGCAACAGCAUCUUCCUCAACCAGACCGAAGGUGGCAGCUGGUAUGCGCUGUCUGGUCGGGCAUAUCCGCUGAUUAUUGAUGCGCCCAUGGCUCAGAUAUCGCAACGUGACUGGUGGGAGAUGGAUCCCAACAACGCUUCUGACUUCCCAAAGGCGCUGGUGGGCACUCACUUUCUGAAUCCCUUGCGGAGAGGCGACCGAGAACAACCGGAAACGCUUCCUGAUGGUCCUUUCAACGAGUAUCAUGAGUAUGACGACGACCUGGAAAACGAAAACGCCUCGAACAAUGCUCACGCCGUGACAAAUACCGUUUCGGAGGAGCCAACCAUUAUAACCAAAGUCAAGGCUCUCCCACAGAGUGCUGCCAACAGCGUCAUCGACUUUGUCAGCAACCCUGUCCUCAUCAUCUUCUUGAUCGGCUCGUUGAUAUACAACGAAAAGAAGCUUCGGCGGUCGUAUAACCGAUUCAGGACCCAUGGUACAAUCAAGGAUGUUUAUCCCUUUUUGUUUCUGGAUGCCGAUGCCGGAAACGAAUCCGCCGAUGACAAAGAUGGCGUAUUUUCUUCCCUGCGAACUGUAUCUCAAGACGAAAAGGUGGAACAAGUGCCUAGACCAAAGGUAGAAGAUAAGGUGGACGACAAAGACAAAGACAAAGACGCUCAAGAUCCUUCCAAGUCAUUAGAGCCGACCGAUAAAGUAGAAGAUAAAGAAGUGGAUGUCGUCAAGCAGGUGGAUGCUGCUCCUCCGGAUGCACAAUCACAGGAUGGUUCCAAUGGUUCUGCGCCCGAGAAGAAGAAGAAGGCUCACAGAGGACGCCGUGGCGGUGUCAAGCACAGAAAGGCUCGGCCUGCUGAUGGCUCUCAAUCCCGUGACGAUGAAGCAGACCUCACGACGGUAGAUGAGGCUGUCAGCAACGCGAAGAAGCUUGGCGAUCGACCAAGCCUGGAGCCCGACGUCAUGACCAUUUACAACGACAUGCAAGCCGUCACUGGCUCCAUUAUCAGUAUGGGAAAUAUCGAGGUCGACACGGAUGUGGAGCUCGGCAUGGGCAGCAACGGCACCGUUGUCUUUGCGGGCAAGUUUGAUGGUAGAGACGUUGCCGUCAAGAGAAUGACGAUACAGUUCUACGAUAUUGCUACACGAGAGACCAAACUGCUACGUGAGAGUGACGACCACCCCAAUGUCAUCCGAUAUUACUCACAGGUACAGCGCGGUGACUUCCUUUACAUUGCACUGGAGCGUUGUGCCGCCUCAUUGGCCGACGUGAUUGAAAAGCCAUAUCACUUUGGCGAUCUCGCCAAGGCUGGACAAAGGGAUUUACCUGGCGUGCUGUAUCAAAUCACCAACGGCAUCAGUCACCUACACUCGCUGCGCAUUGUUCACCGAGACUUGAAGCCUCAAAACAUCCUGGUUAAUCUGGACAAGGAGGGCAGACCCAGGCUCUUGGUCUCUGACUUUGGUCUCUGCAAGAAGUUGGAGGAUCGACAAUCUUCAUUUGGAGCAACGACAGGUCGGGCAGCUGGAACGUCUGGUUGGCGUGCCCCCGAACUCCUUCUCGAUGACGACGGACAGAAUCCUGCGGCCAUGGAUAGCAGUACGCACAGUGGCUCACACACCAUCCUGGUUGGAGAUGCCACCACGCCAAACGGAGGGCGGGCCACGAGAGCCAUUGACAUCUUCUCCCUUGGGCUUGUCUUCUUCUACGUGCUGACCAACGGGUCUCACCCCUUUGAUUGUGGUGACAGAUAUAUGCGGGAGGUGAAUAUCCGAAAGGGCAUCUAUAACCUCGAUCCCUUGGACUCACUAGGCGACUUUGCCUACGAGGCAAAGGAUCUGAUUGCAUCGAUGCUCCAGGCGGCUCCCAAGCAGAGGCCCGACUCGCGAGAGGUCAUGGCUCACCCUUUCUUCUGGUCUCCUAAGAAGCGCCUAGCCUUCCUCUGCGACGUCUCAGACUCCCUCGAGAAGGAGAUUCGCGAUCCCCCGUCGCCCGCCCUGAUGGAGCUGGAGAGACACGCCGCGGCUGUCAUUGGAGGAGACUUUUUGAAGGUGCUCACGCGCGAGUUUGUCGAUUCGCUCGGCAAGCAGCGCAAGUACACUGGCAACAAGCUCCUCGAUUUGCUGCGCGCCCUUCGCAACAAGCGGAACCACUACGAGGACAUGUCGGACUCGCUGAAGCGCAGCGUGGGGUCCUUGCCUGAUGGGUACCUUGCGUACUGGACGGUCAAGUUUCCGAUGUUGUUGCUUACUUGCUGGAACGUGGUGUAUAACCUCCAGUGGGAGAAUACCGAUCGAUUCAGAGAGUAUUAUGAGCCUGCUGGAUUGUAA